CUUUCGCUCCCCAAUAGGCUCCACUACUGUAAUUUCUGCUCGCAAAACCCUAAACCCCUUUUCUUCUUCCUCCUUUAUUUCCUGAAACUCCUUUGCUUCCAUAGCCAGGACAUUCUUCUUCUCCUCCUCCCUCUGAUCCAUUAUUAUACUCUUAAUAGGUUUGAAUGGCUUAUAUACAAAAUGGUAGAAACGCUCUCCGCCAGAUUAUCAAGGAGGCCAACCUCCAUAGCUCUGACCGCAUGAUGAACCCUCUUCUCUAUCUUUCUCAAGGAGUUCGACACAGAAAGUUGGAAGUUAUACUAACCACAAACAUUGAAAAGCUUGGUAAAUCUGGUGAGACAGUGAAGGUUGCUCCUGGGCAUUUUCGCAAUCACCUCAUGCCCAAGUUGCUUGCUGUUCCUAAUAUUGAAAAAUAUGCUUAUCUUAUCAGGGAGCAGCACAAGAUUUUCCCGCCUGAAGAAGAGAAAGAGGAGGUGAAAGUGGUUAAAGUGUCUAAAGAAGAUAAGAUGAAAGAGUAUGAAAGGGCAGCGAAACGUCUUGAUAAUGCUCGAUUGGUGCUGCGGAGAUUAAUCAAUGUUGAGAAGUUUCGGACUCGCUCGACAAAAGAUGAGCCUAUAGAAUUGCGUACACCGGUCACCGCGGAUGAGAUUGUGGCUGAGGUGGCAAGGCAACUUUGUGUGCAGAUAUCUCCUGAAAACUUGCAGCUACCAUCAUCUUUGUCAACCGUGGGAGAGUAUGAAGUGCCACUGCGCUUGCCAAAGUCAAUUCCUUUGCCUGCUGGCAAGAUUAACUGGACGCUUAAUGUUAAAGUCAGGACCAAAUAGGCAGUGUUUGCAGGUUGACGAUGUCUACUUUGUGCUGGAUGGCAGCUUUGGCUUUUAUAUUUUUUCGAAUUUAUUGUUGCAAGAAAGUGAGAUUCAAGCAAUCCCUUUUGGGUUAUGAUUUUCUCAUCGAAUUGGAUAUUCUGUUUUGGUCUUUUCUGAUUUUGGUAAAUCUGCCAAUCUUUCUUUCUCAAGGCAUUUGUAGAAGAAAUUGCAAUAUUGUUCGAUCUGGCUCUUAGUGACAAAUGUAAAUUUAAUAAAGAUUAUUUGCCAUUAUACAA